UGAAGACCGAAAGAGCUACGUUCCUUUUCCAUUGUAUUCUGAGACUUUCCAAUUCCAUGAGUCUCUAAAGACCCUCAAGGGGCCUUCACAGAUGGAAGUCCCUUCCUCAUCUGGUCGCCGACAACGAGCAGGUUCUCACUGUCGCUGCAGCCGUAUAAGAGGACACAUAACAACACCAACAACGAGCACUACAUCCAACCAGACCACGCAACCAUACUCAACUGCACUCAAUCGCAUCGAAUAAUAUUAUCUGAGACUGUCGAGCGUCAAUUGUAUCGACCGGUCUAUGAGAAGCAACCUUGACCAAGUGCACCUUCCCAUAUCGGCCCAACGACCUCUUUCCCACACAUCGCCAUGUCCAUGUUUCGUAGGCCCGGAGAUACCUCGUCAUCAUCCUCGGAAGCGUCUUAUGAUCAAACCGAAGAUGAAGAGCCGAGACCAUCGCAGCCGGAUAGCGUGGUGACCCGCGUCAACACCUUGGAUUCAAGCACGUCGGAAGCACCCGUCAAUACACAACGACCAUCUCUGGCAGGAUUGAGAGGAUUCUCGACCCAGGACAUGCAAGCUCUAGGGUUUCACGCGAUGCUUGAGCAGAAUGCGAUUACAGCAGCGGCAGCACAAUUGCACAAGGAUCCUUCCGACCCAGAGGCACAGCGGCAAGGUCGAGAAGCGUAUCAAGCAAUUGCUCGUCAGCUUCCGAACGGCAUUGACAGCAGAUAUGCUGGUGAUGAGUUUCGCACCCUUCGCACAACAAUGCAAGAAACCAUUCAUCAGACGACAACCGCGCAGUUGAACACAAUUGCAGCACCAGAGGUUACCCAAAACUUGAUUAUGCGUCAUAGAAACGGUAAUACUAUGCCCGCCACCCAGCCACCACUUCCAGGAAUUGAAUUGCUAUCAGGCCUGCCUGCACCGGAUCCAUGGCUGCGCGGAUAUCCUGACCUGCAAAACGAUCGCUAUGUGCGAGACUUCUCAGAGCUUGAAGUUGUUGGCAAAGGCGGAUAUGGUAAAGUCUUCAAAGUCAAACACAAGCUCGAUGGCUCAUUCUAUGCGGUCAAACGAAUCAUUGUGCCACCUGCCAAGCUAGCAAAGGUGCAGCAACAUGGACCUGAGGCACUGAAUAGUCUGUUGGAAGAAGUGCGGUCUUUAGCCAGGUUCGACCACGCGAACAUUGUUCGUUACCACAACGCAUGGCUGGAAUUCACGGCAGCACCGACGGAAGCACCAUCUGUACCAACAACAACCGUCUUGCCGAACAACCGGCUGCUCGAAGACCCAGCGAAUUUCUCAUCCAGUCCCUCAGACCUUGACUAUCUCCAGUCAAAGUUUGACGGAAUCCUGUUCGAGGCGUCCUCCGCUGACUCUGGCGCGGACAUCGUCUUUGAGGCAAGCAACACUGGCGAAGCGGAUGACCCAAGAAGUAACACAGACCGUCUCUCCUUACGGGAGAAGCUAAGCGUCAAGCGGAGGGACCGACGUACCAGCCAGGCCAGCCAGGCUACUAUCGCCACUGUGUCGUCCACAAGGUCUCGCAUGAGCGCUGUAGAGGACGUAUCCGAAGAUUUCGAGGAUGAAGACAUCGAAAUGAUCCCCCGACGCCAUAUGCCCUCUUCGCAGGAUCCAACCACUGACCUGUCUGACAGCAUGAUCUCACACAGCGAUAUGCCGGCGGGACCUCUCGUUAGCACCCGCCCCACAGGCCCAGUCUUGACCCUAAACGUACAAAUGUCCCUCUACGAAUCCAACCUCGCCGCCUUUCUUUCGCCAGAUCGGAUACCCUUUUCCAGCCAACCCGGACUUACCCACUGUUUCCAUGCUUGCGUGUCCCUGGAGCUUCUGAGCAACAUUCUUUCCGGCGUUGAAUACCUCCACGCCCAGGGUGUUGUCCACCGCGAUCUUAAACCAGCAAACAUCUUCCUUGCGCUCACGACUGGCCGCCGCUCGCCUUAUGGUUCCGUCGACCUCUCGACGUGCAAGCCGUGUCCUGAACGCGAGUGUAUGCACGUCGUACCCCGCAUUGGCGACUUUGGACUCGUAGCUGCGCUCGACGAGAAGUGCACAACGGGAGAGACGGGCGCGGCCACAAAACCUGUGGGCACGGAGUUCUACCGCCCGGAGACGAGUACACGUAACAGUGAGAAACUCGACGUUUUUGCACUGGGCGUUAUUGCGGUGGAGAUGGUGUACAAAUUCGGCACGAGGAUGGAGCGGAGCGAUGCUCUGUCUCGGCUCAAGAAGGGCGGGUUUCCGGAUGGGUUCGCAGAGAAAGUGGGUCCGCAUGGAGACAAGGUGCAGCAGCUUAUCGGGGCAAUGGUGCUGGCGGAUGAGGAGCAGCGCAUGGGCUGUGAUGAGGCGAGGAGCGAGAUUGCGUUCCUCGUCGAAGCUUUGAGGGCGUGGGAGAUGGAGCACAGCGGUGUCUCAGGCACAUGACGACCCGUGUCAAGGAGGACACAUGAAGAGCCAAUGUCGACAGAAGACGAAUGGGGAACGAAGGACGAUGAAAGAUACCCAGGAAUAUAGAGUUAGCAUUUCGAACAGCGUUGCGAUACGUUCUAGGUAGCGUUAUCAGUGAAGACACACUCCACUUCACAACUCUGACACGAUGAGAAGAGAAGAGAAGAAGCAUCAGCAGUUCAUAGUAAC